UAACGGAGUGCGACGUGCCCACCCACCACGCUUAGCGUUGCCUGGAGGCGCUGCUGUUGUAAGCAAAUGAGAAGGAAGCUAGGCGUUGAAAGAGCGGCGCUGAUUAGCGAAUCUGGAAUCACCUGGAUGAAAGCCCACUUGUGAUUCGUCACAAGUAGAUCGAAGCCCCUGUGGGCUGGAACGGGCCGGACAGUGAGGUAUGGCUGGCACCGUGCUAGGGGUGGGGGCCGGCGUGUUCCUCUUGGCCCUCCUCUGGGUACUGGUGCUGCUGCUGUGUGUGCUGUUAUCCAGAGCCUCCAGGAUAGCCAGGUUCUCUGUCGUUUUCGUGUUCUUUGGUGCUCUGAUCAUCACGUCGGUUCUGCUGCUCUUCCCCCGAGCCGGUGAAGUCCCAGCCCCUGAGGUAGAAACGAAGAUUGUGGAUUCCUUUUUCAUUGGCCGCUAUGUCCUGCUGGCUUUCCUCACUGCUGUCUUCCUUGGAGGCCUCUUUUUGGUUCUCAUUCAUCAUGUCCUAGAGCCAAUCUACGCCAAACCACUGCGGUCCUACUGAGCACUGUUCUGGAAAACCAGGACCCUGUUUUGUCCUUCACGUUUGAUGUCACCGGUGAGCGGAAAGGUACUGUUCAGAGCCUUGUUUGGACAGCCGUCAUGCCUUAAGGUCAGAGAAAUAUCCAUGUACAACUAGGACAAAUCCCUUGAAUCCUGGCUUCCAGAAACGGGGUUGCAAAAUUGGCCCUGUGGAGACGAUUCCCAUCAUCUUCAGAGGGAUGUUGCGGUCUUCUUCACACUCGUUCCUCAGGUUUUCUAUCUGUUUUGAAAGGGAAGAAGUAACAGGGUUCUACUUCCAGUAGAGUUUCAAUCAAGACAUCAGUAAGUGGAUUUGGGGAAAAUGAGCACUUCGGCUUCUACUGUCCAAGAGACGGAAGAAUCUCAUCUUUUUGAUAAUACCCAAGAUUCUUAGUUAAAAGGGUGGGAUCAUUUGGAAAGGAAAGGCACUCGAAGUUCAAAAGCUUAUUUUAAUGUGAUGAGUUGGAAGACUUAACCAGGUGUUGGUUGUUGACCGUGUGCAUAUGGCACCACAGAACCUGUAUAGGCAACAGGUAUACCUUCCCUCUGCUCUAAUAAAGCAAUAACCAACCAAAGGACUGGCUUUCACUUCAGACUCUUGGCUACAGCUUUCUCAAUCUAUAUUCUAUAUUUCAAAUUUACUUGGGGAUUAAAGGAAGGAUACGGAAGUGUUGGUUGUUUGUCUUGUUGCUAUAGAUCUCUAGAUUCUUUCUCUUUCUGAAUUUGGUAGCCUUCGUGUGCCUUAUUUAAUUGUGAUAAGAGUCCAUUUUGGGUUAUGAUCAUUUCUUUUUAGCUGUGUAGCCUUUUCUCCAAAGCUGGUGAGAAAUGUACAUUCCUAGGAUUAGAAAGAACUUUAUACCUGUGUGAGAUCCCCUGCCAACCGAAAUUUAUUAUUAAAUGGAGAGCCCCUGGGCUGGUUCCACUUCAGAAGUCUCUUCCUAACUCCCUAGAACUAAAUGAAGGAUAUUCUGGCUUAAAAUGAAGAACCAGAAAACAGGAUGGAAAGAGAACUUUGAGCAUGUGUUAUAGGCCAACAGUAGACUAGUUCCCUUAUAAUUCAAUGUCUUUAAAUUUUACAAUAUAUUUAUUGUAAUCUGGUUUUAAAGUAGAAAAAAGUAAGGCUUAAAGAGAUGAGCUGACUUGCCCAGGUGUCACGCAACAGCUAACGUGUGCGACCAGGUGUGGCAGACCCUGAGGUCUGUCUCUGACUAGGAAGAAAACACACUGAGCUUUGUGGAGCUUUGACUGAGAGCUCAAGGAAGUCAGGGCCACGUCUCCUUCCCUUUCUGUCCUGGAGCCUGUUUUCAGUGUAGAGAUGAUACUGCAGUGGGGGCUAAGCUCUAAAUUAAAAGAGGAGAGAAUGGGUGACUCUGGGGAGUCAUGGACUGGUGAGGGCCAGGUGUAUUUAUUUUUACACUUGAACUGUCUCUAUCCUAUUCGGUUUGGAAAACCUUUGCAGAUAAGGCUUUGUCACAGAACACUUCAAAGGACUAGUCUCUUCAUCUGGCCUAGGGCCCACAGGUAAGAACAGAAAGAAGAAACAUACCUCUGAGCAGAUUGGAGGGGAGAGAGGAGAAAGCAGACACGUGGGGAAAGCGGAGCAAGCAGGCGGUCAGGCUAGGUGCUCUUCUCUAGACACUUGCACUGAAGCUUCCAGGUGCACUGAAGCUGUGUGGAGAUGUUGAGCCAGCCAAGUGGAGCCUGGACUCCUCUAACAAGCACAGGCAGCCAUUUUUCUCCUCCUGAGAGAGUUGCUGACAGAGCAAGUCUGGGAAGACUUGUAGGUUCUGACCUUGAAUCUAUCUUUUUUAUUCCCCAACAAAGGUGUCCGACUAUGAGAUCAAUGGAUAAUAGCUAUGAAGUUUUGGGGGACUACUUACAUGAAGAAAAAUGUGUUAAGGUUGGAAACUAAAACACCACAGCUUUCUAAAGCAUGUGCGUGCACGUGUGUGUUUUACACAGAUACAUAAAUGGCUGGUUUGUGUGUUAAGGGCAAAAAAUACACUUUCUAUGAAGUAUUUUAGCGUGGCCUACCUUCUGUAGAUUCCCAGUCCAUAUCGACCAGCUGUGGGGAGAUGACUGAUAGAUUACCCUCUACCUUCAUCCUCCAAGCAGUCAUGGCCAAGCCCCAAAACACCCCCACAGGGGUGGGAUAAGAAGCAGAAGGCUUAAAAAAUGAAUUUACUGAGAGCUCUACAUAGGGCACGCCUACGGUGUUUAAUAUGGCGCCCCUUGGGCUCACUGCCUUCCUGGAGGCAGGGCCUAGAGGUCAUCUGAGUGCCCCAUUCAUCAUUCUUUGGUCAGUGGCUUUCAAGCACGCCGUGCUCUACUGUGCCUUACCCAGAGGGGAUCCUGUAGCAGAGAGACUGUGGUGAUCCACACUCUUUACAAGGUGGAUAGGGAGAGUAAAUCAAGAGUGCGCCAUGAAAAACAGGUGGUUUCAGAGCCUGGUAAAACCUGACAGAAGCUCCAUUAGCAGGCACUACCCCACAACGGAGACGUUGGCCCGGUCCGCUAGGUGGCGCUGCGUGUUAUAGUUUAGACGGUCCCUCAAACCAGCAAAACACACACAUAUUAGGUAGUUUUCAGACAAGUUCCUUAAAUUUCUCCUAUAUAAAAAUGGAAGUAAAGCUGACAUUCUUUGGUGACAUGCUGGAUUAGCUAUUUAAUCUAAAAAUUCAUCAAAAUUAUUGUACCAUCGUUCAGAUCCUAGGAAAUGCAUAGCCAUUCGUUCAUGCUUUGUACUGUGUAUGCAGCUGGUCACUUCAUCCUAACGCACAGCGAUCCAUUUCUCCUUCUGUUCUCUAAGACAACUCUUCCAUCAACUCUAUCUCACUGCCGCUUCAGUUGAAGCAUUUUUAUUUUACUUUGAUUAUUUUCAAACCUUGAUUUUUUUUCAAAGUGUAAAGAAACCUGCCGCAAUUAUUUUGUGGAAGAGAAAGAGGCAGAGAGCAGAAGAGAUUUUCAGAGUUUCCCAAGUUAAUAAUGGGGCUCAAACCUGACAUCAGGAUUCCUAACAUCUCACUCCUCAGACAGUUUAAGGAUCGUUUUUGGCUUGCAAGCAACUCCUGAUUUCUGUAUUGGCUAAUAUUUUUUGUAGCUAUUGGUCCCCCGUCCUUUCUAACCAAUAUCUUUAAAAAGGUAAGAAUUUCCAUUACAGAAUUUUUAAUUAGCACCUAGAGUACAAAUAAUAAAUAUUUUGUCAUAACUUCUUGUCUUAAACCUUUAAGUAUCUGGCUGUUGGUAUGUAGGAACAAGUUUCCAGAUGUGGGAUUCAUCCUCACAGGAGCACAGGAACUCAGGGUUGGAAGGAGUUUUUGUAGCUCAUAGGAUUCGAUCUUUAAUCUCUGUUUCCAUCCUAAUACUUGGAAAUAUUCUAUUCCUCAGAGGCUGAAAUCAGUUUUUAUUAUAUUUACCAACAUGUUCUAAGCAUUUUUCUAAAUGCUUUGUAAAUAUUAAAUAAUCCUCAUAAGCAACCAUAUGAAGUCGGUGCUCUUAAUAUCCCCAUUUCACCGAUCGGGAAGGGGUGAUUUACUUGCGGUCAUUCAGCUCAGGGUUAAACAGGAGUCAGGGUUUGAAGUCAGGUAGUUUGGCUCCAGCCUAAGCUUCUAUGUACUUUUAUUAUUAUUUAUAUUAUUUAGUAUUUUACUGUGUUGCUCCAUUAAAAAAAAAAAA